GCUUGCUUGCUUGUCUGCUUCACGACCUUCCUGCUCUCGCCGCCAAAACACACACGUGUGCACUGGUGUGUGUGUGGCUCACUUUUGACCGGUGCUGCAACACCUCUGCUGCUGUUGGGCAUAAUUUGUUCGUUCGUUUGUUCACAUCUUCGCAGGCGAAGGAAAGCAGCGACAAACAACGCCAGAGCUAGAUCGUCACAGACAAGCCCAAAGGGAAGGAUGCAGGCUGCCGUGCUUAGGCGGCAGGCCAGCCACGCUCGUCGAUGGCUUGUGCCCAUGAUUGCUCAAACAAGGCACCUCCGAGUCCCAGACUGGGUGGAGCCUUGCGACAAGUUCUUGUUCCGCCACAUCGGGCCAGACCCCGCCGAGAUCCAAACCAUGCUCCGCACAUGCUCCUUCGAGGAUCUGGACGACAUGAUUGCCAAGGCCGUGCCCGAGGACAUUCGCCUCCGCCGCACGCCACACCUUGACGAACCUCUGACGGAGAGCGAGGUGCUUGAGCGGCUGAAGCAGCUUGGGUCCCGCAACCAGGUGUUCCGCUCGUACAUUGGCAUGGGCUACUACGGCACCCUCACCCCGACAGCCAUCAAGCGCAACGUGCUGGAGAACCCCGGCUGGUACACCCCAUACACGCCGUACCAGGCGGAGAUUGCACAGGGCCGCAUGGAGAGCCUCCUCAACUUCCAGACCAUGAUCCAGGACCUGACAAGCCUUCCCAUCGCCAACGCCUCUCUUCUCGACGAAGCAACUGCCGGCGCUGAAGCCCUCUCCAUGUGCUUCUCCGCACACAACCACAAACGCAAGAUGUUUCUGCUGGACAGCCGCUGCCAUCCGCAGACGGAGGCCCUCGUCUACACCCGCGCAAAGUACAUUGGCGCGAAGGUGAUCAAGCAAUCGUGGGAGAACUUUGAGUUUACCUCCGACGUGUGCGGAUGCCUCGUUCAGUACCCAGACACGCACGGUGAAAUCCACAACAUUGACGAGCUCGUUGCAAAAGCCCACGAUGCUGGCGCGCUGGUGGCGUGUGCCACGGAUCUGCUUGCGCUGACGGUCAUGCGGUCGCCCGGCGAAUUCGGUGCCGAUAUCGCCGUCGGCAGCGCGCAGCGGUUUGGCGUGCCCCUCGGCUACGGUGGUCCGCACGCCGCGUUCAUGUCGUGCACGGAGAAGCUCAUUCGCCGCCUACCGGGCCGUCUGAUCGGCGUUACCAGGGACACGCACGGCAACCGCGCGUACCGUUUGUCGCUGCAGACGCGCGAGAACCACAUCCGUCGUGAGCGCGCCACCUCCAACAUUUGCACCGCCCAGGCCCUCCUCGCUAACAUGGCCGCCAUGUACGCUGUGUUCCACGGCCCGCAGGGACUGAAGAACAUUGCAAACCGCGUCCACUACAUGACAUCCGCCCUCGCAGAUUCGAUUGCGGACUGCGGGCAUGCUGUGAACAACGACUACUUCUUCGACACCAUCAAAGUCACGCCCGUUGGCCUCACCCAGGACCACAUCAUGAGCAGGGCGCACAACCUUGGGAUCAACCUGCGCCAGUAUGACGACGGCGAUGUCGGCAUCAGCCUUGACGAGACCGUCACCACCAGCGAUUUGCGUGAUGUCAUGUCCAUCUUCACCGAGUCCGGCAUCAUGGAGGACGAGGAUGCAAAUGCACGGCUGUCCAAUCUGCCACGUCGCCGUCUUGGAGAACUGGAACGCACGUCCUCCUUCCUCACCCACCCGAUCUUCAACAAGUACCACAGCGAGACGGAGCUCAUGCGCUACUGCAAGCACCUCGAGAACAAGGACAUCUCGUUGGUGCACUCCAUGAUUCCGCUUGGGUCGUGCACGAUGAAGCUCAACGCCGCCACAGAGAUGCAGCCUGUGACCUGGCCCGAGUUUGCAAACAUCCAUCCGUUUGCGCCCCCGAGCCAGGCGCAGGGGUUCAUUGAGCUCUUUGAGGAACUCGCAAGGGACCUGUGUGCAGUUACCGGCUACGAUGCUGUCUCGCUGCAGCCCAACAGCGGUGCACAGGGCGAGAUUGCCGGCAUGCUCGCUAUUCGCGGCUACCUUGAGAGCAAGGGCGAGGGCCACCGUGACGUGUGCUUGAUUCCAGAGUCUGCUCACGGCACCAACCCCGCAACCGCCACCAUGUGCGGCAUGCGCGUGGCCAAGGUGCGGGUGACCAAGCAGGGUGACAUUGACAUGGAUCACCUGCGCGAGCAGUGCGAGAAACACAAGAACAACCUCGCAGCCAUCAUGAUCACGUACCCGAGCACAUAUGGCGUUUUUGACGAGUCUGUGCGCGAGAUUUGCGAGACGGUGCACGGUUACGGCGCACAGGUGUAUCUCGAUGGCGCGAACAUGAACGCGCAGAUGAUGCUGUGCCGCCCUGGUGACUACGGCUCAGACGUGUCCCACCUCAACCUCCACAAGACCUUCUGCAUCCCCCACGGCGGUGGCGGUCCCGGCAUGGGCCCAAUUGGCGUCAAGUCCCACCUCGCUCCUUUCCUCCCUGGCCACGUCAUGACAGCUGAAGGACACAAGUUCCGCCAGGUGUCAGCCAGUCCUUACGGCUCCAGUCUCAUCAUGCCCAUUUCCUGGUCCUACAUCCGGAUGAUGGGUGCUGAGGGUCUUCGCAUGAGCAGCGCCGUUGCCAUUCUCAAUGCAAACUACAUGGCCCACCGCCUCAAGGACUACUAUGAAGUCGCCUUCAGGGGCAAGCGCGGCUGCGUUGCACACGAAUUCAUCGUCAGUUUCGCCCCGUUCAAGAAGUACGGCAUCACCUGCACCGACGUCGCAAAGCGCCUUCAGGACUAUGGCUUCCACAGCCCAACGGUGUCGUGGCCGGUGCCGGAUUCCCUCAUGAUUGAGCCGACGGAGAGCGAGAGCAAGGACGAGCUCGACCGCUACGUCGAUGCUCUCAUUCAAAUCCGCCACGAGAUCCAGGAGGUGAUGGACGGGAAGUACCCGCAGGACGACAACGUCAUUGUCAACGCGCCACACCCGCAAACGUUUGUGCUGGCUGAAGAGUGGACGCGGCCGUACUCGCGGGAGAAGGCCGCGUACCCCGUGGCGUUCCUGAAGGAAGGCAAGACGUGGCCGGGCUGCGGCCGUGUUGACGACGCGUUUGGCGACAAGAACCUCAUGUGCUCGUGCCCUCCGAUGGAUUCGUACGACGCGUAGCAGCCCAACACACGCGCCCAUGUGUGUGUUUGUGCAGUGUGUAGUUUGUCCUGACUCGUGUGUGUAGGUCUGCAUUGCCGGCAUUACCUCAUGCAUCACAAGCUUGACCACACCUGCACACAUCCACGCUGUUGAUUCAAGAUUCGUUUCCUCUCCCCCUCCCUUCUCUCUGGUGUUGUUCGCUUUCUUCCCCUCUUUUUCCCCCUCGUCUGCUUUCUGCAACUCGGCAGCGACUGCUUGUGUGUUUUCUUGGUCCUGACUGGUUUCUUGUGCAGUGUUAUUGUGCUGUUUCCACAUUCCGUUCUCGCUCGAAUCAACAGGCCAACAGCA